UCCUUGAUGUCUUUGUCGAAGGAUGAGUGCAGUGGAGUAUUGGUCAGGAAGUCUGGGAGUUUGUCGCCUGGAGCCAUUGUUGCGGGAGAUUAGAUCAACUUGAUGAGGUUGUAAGGAAUAUUAACGUCUGUUCUUGCGGUUGGGGAGGUUGAUGUACCUUCAGCUUCGUACUUAACGCGGCACUACCGGAAACGGAUGACGUAGCACAUCACGAUAUGCAGACACUAUGUCGAGGAAGAAGCAUCUUCCUGUAAACCUUUCAUUCCUCUUCAUGUUAUCUUCGGUUGUUGUUUUCGGGGUAUCUUCACUGGUCAUCCACGCUAUUCCUCGACGACGCAACAGAUCUCCAACGUUCAGUGCAUGUGCCCUGCAUCACGCAUUGUGGGCGCGAUCAUGCGAUCCAAUACAUAACCGGAAAGGUGCCACGACAGAAGCGGUCAGCAUGGUUCGGCGCACAGUUCGGCGAGGCACACAGGUACAGUGCACCUCUGCGCAACGUGCUACUUGUUACCAGUCGCUACACGACCAGCGGAACCGAAUCUUCGUUUGUUUGCUGCGACACAAGACCACAUGCCUGAUCGGAGGCUGUACUCGCUGAUAGAUUCGGCUUCCAUCUCUUCUGGUAGCAAUCCAUCUGAGAGAAGGCCAGAGGUCCGAGGCAAGGCAGCAGCUGUUGCACAACAAUGAAUGCAGAGUGGAGGAAUGAAGU